AUGGACCUGAUCACACUCCGCGAGAACGAAGCAUCCUUCGAUCGCUACAAAAUACGCCCCCGGAUCCUAAUCAACGUGGACCAGAUCGACACAUCAACAGAGAUAUUCGGCACAAAAGUCGCCUUCCCGCUAGGCUUCAGUCCCGCGGCAUCCCAGAAACUCGCCCACCCAGACGGAGAAGUAGCGGCAUCGCGCGCAGCCGCAAAGUACAAUGUGUGCAUGGGUCUAUCAUCGUAUUCGAACUACUCGCUCGAAGACGUGGCUGCGCAGGGAAGUGGAAACCCCUAUGCGAUGCAGAUGUGUGUGUUGAAGGAUCGCUCGCUUACACUUCAAUUGUUGGAGCGUGCUGAGAAGGCGGGAUAUAAGGCCCUAUUCCUUUCAGUUGAUGUGCCUUUGCUCGGAAAGCGGUUGAAUGAAUAUCGCAACAAUUACACCCUCCCUGAGGAUAUGUCGUGGCCGAAUAUUCUCAGCCAUGGGUUGGAUACAUCUAAUCGAACUGACUAUGACCCAAGUCUCGACUGGGAAACCACUAUCCCCUGGCUCCGGAAACACACCAAGCUCCAGAUCUGGUUGAAAGGAGGUGUGUAUAGUUUAUUUUACAAAUCAACAAUCAACCAUAAGCUCACAUUACCUGCAGUAUACACACCAGAAGACGUUGAGCUCGCAAUCCAAUACGGCGUCGACGGCGUCAUCAUCUCCAACCACGGCGGUCGCCAGCUCGACGGAGUCCCCGCGACCUUGGAUGCGCUGAGGGAAUGUGCGCCGGUGGCACAAGGACGGAUUCCACUCGCUAUUGAUGGUGGGAUUCGGCGGGGCUCGGAUAUCUUCAAGGCUUUGGCGCUUGGUGCGUCGCAUUGCUUUGUGGGACGGAUCCCUAUUUGGGGGCUUGCGUGGAAUGGGCAAGAGGGUGUUGAAUUGGCUGUCAAGAUUUUGUUGCAGGAGUUUCGCAUUACUAUGGCGUUGGCUGGGUGUCGGUCUGUGAAGGAGAUCAGAAAGAGCCACCUGUCGGUGCUCAAAUCCGAUGGAGUGUUAUCGAAGCUAUAA